UGACACACGCGACACCGCUGAGCCAGGCUAGACCAGAGCAAUGGAAAGUAGCCAGCUAGCAUGGUAGAUAACUGCAUUGAAUCUGAAAACAAGCUAAACUGUUCAAGUUUAAGGCACCCACCUGGAUGUACAACUACGUUUGGCUGCAAGUUGACCCUAACCGGAAAGCCUAAUAGUGUUUCAAAACAAAUGUAGCCGCAAACAUCGUUUUCGGAUAAAGAUUUUGGCUAGCCCUUGGUAGCGCAGACAGUCGGCAGUUUUGCUUAGUUAUACACUGAGAGCAAGUAAAAGAUAUACACUUGUGUGGAUUACGUAAACAUAUCAAACCAAGGUUUGUGUGAUUUUGCUAAAAUGCAUCACCAACAGCGAAUGGCUGCCUUAGGGACAGACAAAGAACUAAGCGACUUAUUGGAUUUCAGUGCGAUGCGAAACAGCGAUUUGAAAAUGUUCCCAACAUCAAUGAUGUUCUCUCCUCCUGUUAGUGGAAGAAACAGACCAGCCUCCCUGGGAAGUGGACAUUUUGCAGGCUCAAACAUGGGGGACAGAGCCAGUGCAGGGACGUGGGGACAUAGAGGUGCCCCUUCAAAGAGUUUUGCUGAUGGUUCCCAGUACACUCACAUGACUAGCCGUGAAAUGGGCUCCCACCCACACGACAACAUCUCUCCUCCAUACCUCAACUCCAGACUAACAGGUAAAACGGAGAGAGGAUCCUACUCCUAUGUAAGAGACUCCAACCUACACGGGUGUCAUCAGCCGAGCCUCCUGGCAGGAGAGAUGGGCAGUCCUGGGGCGGUGUCGCCCACCAAGCCUGGGUAUUACCAGCACUACAACAACAACCCUCGUCGGAGACCUCUGCACAGUGACAACAUGGAGGUCCAGACAAAGAAAGUUCGGAAAGUUCCCCCUGGUUUGCCUUCCUCAGUAUAUGCCCCAUCUGCCAGCACAGCUGACUACAACAGGGACUCACCAGGGUACCCCUCCUCCAAACCACCCAGUGGAGGGUUCCCCAGCCCCUUCUUCAUGCCAGACGGUCACCACAGUGCUGACCCGUGGAGCUCCUCCAGUGGAAUGAACCAGCCUGGUUACAGUGGCAUGCUGGGUAACUCUUCCCACGGCCCCCAGAGCAACAGCUACUGUGGCACCCACCUGCAUGAUCGGCUGAGCUACCCGUCACACUCCUCGGCAGACAUCAACCCCAGUCUUCCUCCCAUGUCCAGUUUCCAUCGUAGCAGUGCCUCCAAUCAGUACAGUACAGCUUCCUGCACAGCCACCACCAACGGCACAGACAGCGUGAUGGGUAAGACCUGGGGACAAGGACACAGGGCUGCAGAAGACAGGACAGAAGACAGGGCUGAUUACAGUGCUAACCGGGCACCGACCAGCUCUCAGACGGGAGACGCCCUGGGGAAGGCUCUCGCUUCGAUCUACUCUCCAGACCACACAAACAAUAGCUUCUCGUCCAACCCGUCGACCCCUGUCGGCUCUCCCCCGUCACUCACAGCUGCCAGUUCUGCUGUAUGGUCCAGGAACGGAGGACAAGGUCCCUCCUCCCCCAUCUAUGAGGCACCACUCCACUCUCUGCAGAGUCGUAUCGAGGACCGUCUAGAGCGUCUGGACGAUGCCAUCCACGUGCUGCGGAGUCACGCGGUCGGCCCCUCCACGGGCAUGCCCGGCGGGCACCAAGACAUGCACAGCCUCAUCGGAGCAGCACACAACGGGGCCAUGGGAGGACUGGGCACUGGGUACGGCACGGGACUCCUCUCUGCCAACCGCCACUCAAUCAUGGUGGGCUCUCACAGGGAAGAUGGUAGCGUGGGCAUGCUUGGCAGCCAUCCCAUCAGACCCAACCAAGUGCCAGUCCCCCAGCUGCCCCAGCAGUCUGCCACGUCACCAGAUCUCAACCAGACUGAUUCAUACCGGGCUCUCUCCAGUGGUCUCCAGGGCCAGAGCGCCUCGUCCAUCUCGUCAGAGAUCAAGUCUGAGGAUGAGGGGGAUGAGAACCUACAGGAUGCCAGGUCUAUGGAGACCAAGAAGGAGGAGUCCGACAACAAGGACCUCAAGUCUAUUGAUAGGUCAAGAUCUAGCAACGCGGACGACGAGGACUUGUCACCGGAGCAGAAGAUCGAACGUGAGAAGGAACGUAGGAUGGCCAACAACGCCCGGGAACGGCUGCGUGUCCGAGACAUCAACGAAGCUUUCAAGGAGCUGGGGCGCAUGGUGCAGCUGCACCUGAAGAGUGACAAGCCACAGACCAAACUGCUCAUACUGCAUCAGGCCGUGGCCGUCAUACUGAGUCUGGAGCAGCAAGUCAGAGAGAGGAACCUGAACCCUAAGGCAGCGUGUCUGAAGAGACGUGAGGAGGAGAAAGGCUCGUCGGACGGCGGAGCGACCCUCUCCCUGGCCGGGCCGCACCACGGCAUGGGCGAUGCCUCCAACCCAAUGGGACAAAUGUCCAAGCUCCCGGAGUUCAUCAAGAUGAUGAGUGACCACUUCCUUUGACAACAUUCUCCUAUUUCCUGAACCAAUCAAAUCAACCGAUCACGUCAAUCAACGAUCGAUCGAUCUGACCAACGUCUUGCCCUGACAACCUGUCUUUUGUCUCCUGUAGAAAUAAAUGAACCCAAAUGUAUAUUGGCUAUGGAAUAACAGAUACUACAGUACUAUAGAUAUUACAAUACUACAGAAAACACAAUACUACAGAUACUACAGAAACCACAGUACUACAUAUACUACAAUACUACAGAUAUCACAAUACUACAGAUAUUACAAUACUACAGAUAUUACAAUACUACAGAAACCACAAUACUACAGAAACUACAAUACUACAGAUAUCACAAUACUACAGAUAUUACAAAACUACAGUACUACAGAUACUACAAUACUACAGAAACUACAAUACUACAGAAACUACAAUACUACAGAAACCACAAUACUACAGAUAUUACAGUACUACAGAUAAUACAAUACUACAGAAACUGCAAUACUACAGAAACUACAGUACUACAGAUACUACAGUUCUACAGAUACUACAGUUCUACAGAUACUACAGUACUACAUAUACUACAGAUAUUACAAUACUACAGAAACUACAGUACUACAGAUAAUACAGUUCUACAGAUACUACAGUACUACAUAUACUACAGAUAUUACAAUACUACAGAAACUACAGUACUACAGAUACUACAGAUGCUACAAUACUACAGUACUACAUAUAGUACAAUACUACAGAAACUACAGUACUACAGACACUACAGUUCUACAGGUACUACAGAUGCUACAAUACUACAGAAACUACAGUACUACAGAUGCUACAAUACUACAGAAAACACAGUACUACAGAUACUAUAAUACUACAGUACUACAGAUAUUACAAUACUACUGAAACUACAGUACUACAGAUACAACAGUACUACAGAUACUACUGUACUAUAGAUACUACAGUACUAUAGAUAAUACAGAUACUACAUUACUACAGUAAUAUAGAUACUACAGAUACUAUAGACACAACAGUACUAUAGAUAAUACAGAUACUACAGUACUACAUAUACUACAGAUACUACAGUACUACAGAUUCUACAGUACUAAAGAUAUUACAGUACUACAGAUUCUACAGUACUACAUAUACUACAGUACUACAUAUACUACAGUACUACAUAUACUACAGUACUACAGAUACUACAGAUUCUACAGUACUACAAUACUACAGAUAAUACAUAUAGUACAGUACUACAGAUACUACAGUACUACAGAUUCUACAAUACUACAGUACAACAGUACUACAGUAGUACAGUACUACAGAUACUACAGAUACUACAGUACUGCAGUAGUACAUUACUACAGAUAAUGCAUAUACUACAGUACUACAGAUUCUACAGUACUACAGAUACUACAGUACUACAGAUUCUACAGUACUACAGAUACUACAGUACUACAGAUUCUACAGUACUACAGUACAACAGUAAUACAGAUAAUGCAUAUACUACAGUACUACAGAUUCUACAGUACUACAGUACUACAGUACAACAGUAAUACAGAUAAUGCAUAUACUACAGUACUACUGAUUCUACAGUACUACAGUACUACAGUACAAUACAUUUGUUCUUAUUUCUUUCUGUUAUUAUAUAUCUUAAAGAUUUUAAAAAAAUGAAAAAAAAUAUACAUAUAAUAAUUGAUGCAACUACUCGAUGUUGGGGGACUAUUUCAAACAUAUCAUUAUGUUUUGUAACAAUGUUUAACAAUGUUGCAGACUGAGCUGUUAGUGAACACAGCCCUCUCAACUGAAUGGCAAUCUUCUCCACACUGUGGAAACCCUUGCAGUCGUGCCUGAAAUCCUCCUUGACAUUUAAAGUUCGCUCGAUAUAUAUGAAAACUCAAUCAGUCAGUCUAGACGGGAGAGGGUAUGAAUAGAAAUGAAAAGUAGACAUUAUGUAGAAUUUCAAGAUAUUGUAAAAACAUGCAAUAAUGACAACAACAAAAAAGUGUACUUCUAAUCUAAAACAGAACAGAUGAAUUGUAAGAUAACACUUUGUUUUGGGCUGUAUGCUAGAAUGGAUAGAGGCAAAAAAAAAAUGCUGCCCCUUAUACUUAUAGCCACUCGAAACUAGCAAACGUCCAGAUUCAGAUUUGAAAUGUGUUUUCAUUGGCCAUUCCUUUGCGUGGGCGGAGCAGAUGAGCAAAUGGACCCUUGUGAUUGGAGGGCAGGCCGUUGGUAGUGUUACUGUUCGUUAGCCCAUGUUCCUAGGCAGAUGAAGGAAGGACGGAGAGAAAAGAAAGGGUGGAGAGAUUGUCUCCCUGCUGUGUCUGUCACACGGACAGAUCCAGAACAAAGUCUCUCGCCCCGUGAUGACGUCACUUCCUGGUUGGUGACGUCACGUCCUGGUUGGCGAUGACGCUGCGUCGGAAAGGCACAGCCAGAGGGGGGAUGUACAUCCCAGAGGCCGAGCAGUCCGUCAUCUUGUAUGAUUUGUCUGAUUUAUUAACCCCGGUCUAGCACUUCACACCCCCCUCUGUCACCCUCCUCAGUUCUCCCUUCCUGCCCCCUUACCCCCUAACCAAGCCCCAACCCCCAAGACCCUGCAAGGCUCCAGAGAUGCAAUUUUAACAUUCACUUCUACCAAUGUGCCUUUCAGAGUUCAUAUCAUUCAAAUGCGAUGAGGAGGAGACGGACGUGAUCUGAACUUUUUAGGAUUCAAGCUUAGGGAACUGUUAGUUAUUAGGUCUAUGCAGGCAGGUUUUUUCCAACCUGGGAAUUAAAAAAAGAAGAAAAAGAAAAACAGUCAAAAGAGGAAAAAAAAGUAUUUUUGGGAUAAACUGUAUUUAAUUGUACUGUAUGCUUAUAUGUAAUUAGAUGACGUGUCCCUGAACAGACCUUGUUUUAGUCAGUUGAGCCCCCUGGCGGCCCCAGCACCCCGAGUUUCAGACCCCUUCCUGUAUUAUUCCAAGUUUCAGCCUGUUUCCAUGGUGACCUACACGUCUGUUAUUGAGCAUUGUAUUAUAGCUAUCAGCUUUUUAUCAGUAUCGGCUUGUCCGUGAGCCCCUGUAGUCUUCAGUACCAGUGUGUGGUUGUAUGUGUAAAACAGAACUUUUUCCUCUUUUUUAAAUCUUUCUCUUAUUCUUUGUCUGUUCUGGUUUCUCCGUUGAUGAAAAAAGUACUAGACCACAACUUGCUGCCCUAUGGAGAUUCGUCAGCAGCUGUUUUUAAAUGUGGUUUACAUUAUCCAAUCAACGCAAAGGCACUGAAACUGGAAAAUAAUCUAUUUGAAAAAUCAAUAUAUAUAUAAAUGUAAAAAUAUAUACAAUAUAUAAAUAAGGAAGGUGCCAGUUUUCAAAGGAGAGGUUGUUUUGGUGGUGAUUAAUUAUUUUCUCAGAGAUGGGUAGAAGGUUUGAAGAGGCAUCUCAGUGUUACUUUAAAGAGACAAGACGCGUACUUCUUCUCUGGCGGGCCGUGACAUCACAAUGACUGACUAUGGCGUCCCUGACUGGACAAAAGGGACCGGUCUUCUCUGGCGGGCCGUGACAUCACAAUGACUGACUAUGGCGUCCCUGACUGGACAAAAGGGACCGGUCUUCUCUGGCGGGCCGUGACAUCACAAUGACUGACUAUGGCGUCCCUGACUGGACAAAAGGGACCGGAGUUACAACAUGCUCCACUCACUGCUUAUUCAGCUGUCAAAGGAAACGCAGACAUUUGUCAAUUGUAUGCAACAAAUGCAAACUGACGAUUAUUUUGAAAUUGUGUAUGUAAAAGUUAUAUUUUUACAUGUAGGCUGUUGUUAUUUUGUGUUUAGAUAAUACGUUGUGUUAGUUUUUUGUUAAAAGAUGAAAAAGAAAAAUUCGGUGUUGAAAACAUGUCACAUUGAAAAAUGUAGUGAGGUCAAAAGUUUCAAUAUCAUUGUUAGUUUUUUUUUCUUCUGCAUUUUGUUUGUUUAUAUCAAGAAGGUAUAUAAUAUUAUUUUCAUGCUCCAUGCUCAUUGCCAUUUUUUCAUUGUAUUUUUUGAAGAAAUAAUGUGUAAAUACAUCAUAAUACACAGGGUUCAUGACCUUUUGGUUGGGGUGCUGGUGGUGAAUAGCUGAAAGUGGGAGAGAAUUGAGUUGAUUUGAUCAGUUGUAUUCUGCUUGUAAUUGUCUGGUUAUUCUAGCCAGGUGCCAAUAUUAAUUAAAAAUCAAUGGCACGUAACUGUACGUGUGUCAUGGCUUCUCAAA